CUCGGCAAAAUAGCUAAGUCCAUUUUGCAGUUCCUUAAAAAGAAAAAGUCCCAUCAUAGUUCCUCAUCCGGCGAGGGCAAGCUACAGGCGCAGUCCAGUUGCGAGGAGGAGGGCGGAGCGGCAGCGGGAGGAGCGGGCGCGGCAGGAGCGGCAGCAGGACCCCCAGCGGACCAGGCUAGCAGUUCCUCAAAGAGUCCCAACAUAGUUCCGCAUCCGCCCGGUUCGGGAGCGGAUUCCGGCGGAGCAGGCACUAGCGGCGGAGGAGGAGGAGGCGCAGCAGCAAGCAGCUCCGGCGACGAUCAGGCCCAGGUGUCGGCCAGCGCAACCUUCCGCCUCUCAUCGCUAACGGGUACCAUCUCCAAGAUGGGCAACAACGCCACCACGUCGAACAAGAAGGUCGAUGCCGCCGAGACGGUCAAGGAGUUCCUCGAGCAGGCCAAGGAGGAGUUCGAGGACAAGUGGCGCCGCAAUCCGACCAACACCGCCGCCCUCGAUGACUUUGAGCGGAUCAAGACCCUGGGCACCGGGUCCUUUGGUCGCGUCAUGAUCGUCCAGCACAAACCCACGAAAGACUACUAUGCCAUGAAGAUCCUCGACAAGCAGAAGGUGGUCAAGCUGAAGCAGGUGGAGCACACGCUGAACGAGAAGCGCAUCCUGCAGGCCAUCCAGUUCCCCUUCCUCGUCUCGCUGCGCUACCACUUUAAGGACAACUCCAAUCUCUACAUGGUGCUGGAGUACGUCCCGGGUGGCGAGAUGUUCUCCCAUCUGCGCAAGGUGGGACGCUUCUCGGAGCCGCACUCGCGCUUUUACGCGGCGCAGAUCGUGCUGGCCUUCGAGUACCUGCACUACCUGGACCUCAUCUACCGUGAUCUGAAGCCAGAGAACCUGCUAAUCGACUCGCAGGGCUACCUCAAGGUGACGGACUUCGGCUUUGCCAAGCGGGUCAAGGGUCGCACCUGGACGCUGUGCGGCACGCCCGAAUACCUGGCCCCGGAGAUCAUUCUGUCCAAGGGCUACAACAAGGCCGUCGACUGGUGGGCGUUGGGUGUGCUCGUCUACGAAAUGGCAGCCGGCUAUCCGCCGUUCUUUGCGGAUCAGCCGAUCCAAAUUUACGAGAAGAUCGUCUCCGGCAAGGUGCGCUUCCCAUCGCACUUUGGCUCCGAUCUUAAGGACCUACUGCGCAACCUGCUGCAGGUGGACCUGACCAAGCGCUACGGCAAUCUGAAGGCGGGCGUCAAUGAUAUUAAGAACCAAAAGUGGUUCGCCUCCACCGACUGGAUUGCGAUCUUCCAAAAGAAAAUCGAGGCGCCGUUCAUUCCGCGGUGUAAGGGUCCCGGCGAUACGAGCAAUUUCGACGACUACGAGGAGGAGGCGCUGCGGAUCUCCAGCACCGAGAAGUGUGCCAAGGAGUUUGCUGAAUUCUAGAGGAGCUCUUCGCCAGUCAGCCCAAUCCCCUCGUUCUGCAGGCGUCUGCAACUGCAAUUGUAUCUGCAACUGCUCCUGCUAUUGCCACCGCCGUGGCAUCGCGGACCACGUCCUCAUCGUCGUUGUCGUCGUCUUGUCUAUAUGUCUACUACUUACAACUACAACAACUGUAACAGCCCCCCACAACACAACAACCACCACAUCUGCGUCUAUCUAUCUGUCUGCAUCUACUCCACAUCCACACUUUUGCCAACAUUGGAUUUCUUACCAAACACAACAACUUACAUCAACCAUUUCCCUACGUCUUCAAGUGGGACAGUUUGAGCAAACACAGCCGGAACAAUCUUUUCAUCUGGGGUGUGAAGCCGAGUGGAAGGACUUGGAAGACGAUUUGAAAUCCGGAUACCGAAACAACAAGAUAUAAAAACCGAUAAAAUAAUGACUUACACAUUAAUAUUCAUUCAUAACAUAUAGCGUAUUUAACCACGAGACUACAGAUAUUUAGUUGUAAACGUAGCUUAGUCUUAACUAAAGAAUACAAGAGGAACCGAUAAAGAACCAGCAACAAAGCGAAAGUGGAAAAGUAAAGGAAAAGUAAGGAAAAACACAAGAGGAAAUCCAGGAGAGUUGUCAUCUAAGCCAGGGCUAAAGAAUUUCAUUUCAUUUCGAUCGAUCCAGAUCGGUCACUCAGUCAGCUGCAGCAACAACAAGUUGAGAGUAUAAAACGCUUUAAUAAUUUUUAAAUGAAAUACAAAAGGUUAAAUUUAACACAAAAAUUAUGGCGCACACAGUGUGCUUGACAAAAAAAAAGCAACAUCAACAAGCAAACAAAGAAGCAGGCAAAUCUUACGAUAAAUUAAAGGUGUUAUGUGUACGGGAAAGAGCAGAAACGAGUUGAAGCCCGCAGAAAAACCAAAAGCAAAAGUCGCCGCCGAAUGAGGACACUCGUCGGUGAACCAGGUUGACCAGGUGAACCAGGUGACCACGGGUGACCAGUGAAAUCAGCCCGGAGUUGACCAGCCCCACUGGACGCUCUUUUGCCCCCCGCCUUCCCGCUAAGCGAGCUUGAGUUCACGUAGCCCCGACAAUUUGGCGUCUUAACCGUAGACAUGUCUCUAGAUAUUUACAUAUAUAUAUUCGCGUAUAUAAAUGUUGUACAAUCAGCGACGACGUGCAACAAUAAACCAACCGCCCGCCCCGUAAAACCAGAAUCAGAACCACAACUAGAAACAUAUUCGGGAACCAUAAUCAGAACAUUGUGCUCAUAAUCCAAGCACCUACAGAUAUGCGCACUCACUCAUAGAUAGUUAUCCAUCCAUCCACUAAUCGCAAGGAACCACAUCAACUACUCAGAACUCUAAAGCAAGUAAAGUAACAACAGCAAGAAACAUUUGAAACGCAGCAAGAAAUAUAUAAAGUAAACAAAAAACAAAUCUAAAUGUUUAACUUUAAGCCACGUAAAACAAAAAGAAAACAAACAAAAAAAAAAUCAACUGAAAUUUGUGUGUAUAAAACGUAUAAAACUUAGCAUUAAUGGAAUUAAAGAAGAAGCGGAUGCCGAAGAUGUCGACGGAGUCAUGUCUAUAUAUACACAAAGAUUGAAGCAUUAUACUUACCAAGAGCAGAACAAAGAGAAUAUCAUGUGCUAAGUAUAGUAAUUUGGAGCAGAGAGAAAUGAAGAGGAAAAAGGCAACUAUAGCAGUUAUAUUCAAGUAAAUAUCGAUCGGAUAUCGGAGUAUAUUUAUUGUUUCGUUAUGUGCGGAGGGGUGUGGAAAUCGUUUUAAUUGCCUGGCCGUAGGAGAUAUCGAAAUCGUUUCCAAGCUACCUUUCAUUUUUAAUGGCACCUCUCCGUACUCCUUUCCCUGUUAUUAUUUAUUUUUAAAAGUCAAGACUUUUAAAUUAUGUUGUUGUUGUGAGAAGAGAGAUAUAAAGAGCGAGAGCAACUCGGGAUCGUAAUAAAUAAAAUUAAUUUAUAAAUACUUUUUAUGUUUUCUAUGAUUAUUUGUUCAACUAGUUGCGAGACAAAAGUCAUAAAUAGGCAUUAAUUAAGCAUCUAAAUUUAAUGGUAAAUAAAAGUAAACAAAGCAAAAGAAACCGAAAUCAAUCGAGUAAGAAGACGAUGUUUGUAGCCACGAAAUGUUCACAUCACAACCAAAUUGUCUCCCCUUUAUAUGAAACAUACACAUGUUUAUGUGUUUCUGACUAGUUUGUUUGAAGAACUAUCGGCGAUCCUUUGAUUUGUGUCCUUUGUCAGUCACCCACACCAAAAAAAAAGAACACACGGACAAAACACAUAAGCGUAUUCUGAAAAUAAUCUACGUAGUCUGAGCAUAAAAAUUUAAUGUGGAUAUAUGAAAAUAAAUAUAUAUAUUCGAAACAUAUGUGCAGUAAGAGAGAGCAGGGAGUCGACCUCUAAUUUUGUGCAAUUUUUGUUUUGUGUUAGUUAACUUUCUACGGUGGCUGUUGGCACUGUUCUUUAAAUGUGCAGAUACAGUAUCUGAGGAGCUUUACUAUCUGACUAACGAUUUGAAUGCUUUACGUUCUUGUAUUAAAGAUACCUUAUGCACUAAUUUGUACUACUUUUAAUAUAUCAUCUAUCCUUUUUUUACUCCUUAAGCUUCCCCCUCAGUCAAAAAGUUUGUUCGGUUAGGUUAGCCAGAAGAGAGGAAACCUUUUCGUUGUUGUUUCAUGUGAGUGCGUGCGAGGUACAUAUUAACAGAAUAAAUAUAUAUAUGAAUACUAUAUAUGUGACAGGAACCAGAACGCAAGAUGAGAAAGCAAAAUUCAAGUUAUUUAAUUUAGUUUAUACAUUUAAGUUUAUAUAGCAAGUGCAUAUAUAUACAAAUAUAUAUAUAUUAAAAAACCAACAAAUAAGAUGGAAAGUCUUUAAAAAAACAACAAACAAAAACAACCAAACAAACACAACAAACAAGCAUACAAUAAAAAACAAAUUUGCGAAAAGUAAAAGAAUUAUAAGUAAAAUGAUGGUUUAAAGAGGAGAGGAGGAGAAACAAGAAAACACAAAGGAUAAGAAACAAA